AUGGAUAAAUAUUCAGUUGACGAUGAAGCGAAUAUUGUUCCUCCCACUCUUCGCGAAGGUGAAAAAAAAAUAGUGCUUGUCACUCACGAUGAAAGCACAUUUUACUCUAAUGAUGGAAAACUCAUCAGGUGGUGCGAGCAAAAUGAAACUACCAUUCUUCUUAAAGGUUCUGGUGGUUCAAUUAUGGUCAGCGAGUUUAUGUGUCCUUGUCAUGGAACUAUGCGAGGCAAAAUAAAUGGGAAAGAGAAAACCUCAAGGAAACUAUUUUUUGCGGGAAGUUCGAAAGGAAAAGAAGGGUGGUGGACGUGUGCUCAUUUAGUAAAACAGCUAGAAAAAGAGGCGAUUCCUUUAUUUGAAUUGCUUCAUCCCGGCUGCACUGGCUUAUUUGCUUUUGAUCAAAGUUCAAGCCAUAGAGAGUUCGAUAAAGAUGCGUUGAUUGCCAGUAGAAUGUCGUCUGAGGACACAAUUUUCAAAGAUAAACCUGGCGGCUUCAAGUUUAAAGACGGUUGGUUUAAAAACAGCUUCACCAACAAAAAGCAAAUGCAGCCAAUGCAUGCGACAAGAGACUUCUCAAAAUCAGCAGUCAGAAAUGAUAUUCAAAGAACGUUUAAUAUCUUGGAUGAGCGUGGUCUAUUCAAAAAGUUGGCCAAAAAACGUAAACAGAAAAACUCAAAGCAUGUGAGACCUUUGAAAUGUUGUGCUGAGAAGCUUCAUUCAGUGCAACCAGACUUUAAAGAAGAAAAAUCAAUGCUGGAGUGACCACUUUCAAAUCAUGGUCAUAUCAUGACACUUUACCCCAAAUAUCACUGUGAGUGUAAUUGGAUUGAAAGGCAUUGGGUUGCUGUCAAAAGAAACGCUAGGCUUCAAUGUGACUACAUAUAUGCAUCUUUGAAAG